AUGCUAGGCAAACCACGAACGUCCAGCCAACCAUGGUCAUCGUUCUAUCGGGCCGUCGGGCGGCGAGCAACAAGCUUGACUCCCCAGAGCCGCCUGGGCAGUGCCGCUAAGCAGUUCUCUCUGCGCGUGCGGCUGGAGGAGACUGGCGAGAUAUUUCGACUGCACAACUGCCGCCACGAAACCACCCUGCGGGAACUGAGGGAGGAGCUAGAUCUGGUGUCCGGGAUUCCCUACCACUUCCAGCGCGUCUGUUACCUGGACCAAGGAGUUUUGAUGGAUGAUUCCACAUUAGCGUUCCAUGAUAUUGUUCCUGGUGGAACACUUUCAAUGUAUAUCUGGCCACAGGAUGGAUGGAAAGAACUUGUUUUCGCUGCUGUGGAAGGGGACUCUAGUAAGCUAUCUUGUCUAGGUGUUACUGAAGAUUCCUUAUACAGAACUCCACAUUCUUUACUUUUAACAGCAGAGAAACUUAAGGAAUGGAUAGAUGACCGAGCUUUCGUGGCUUUGUAUAUUACAGCACAUAGAGGCCAUUCGGAAGCUGUACGUUUUCUCCUAGCAAAUGGAACCAGUAGUCAGGGUAGAACACCACUAGGCAGAACUCCUCUUCAUGCUGCUGCAGCCGCAGGGCAAAUCAGCACUAUAAAUCUACUUCUUGAUCAUGGGGCAUAUCUCAGUGACAAGGAUUUUAAGGGAGAAACAGCAACAGACGUAGCACGCCGCCUGAAAAUCCUUUUCAUACCUGCACUUGCGUCUCCAUUCACAAGAGAGCGGAGAGAAAUAAUCCUGACCACAAACUGUGAUCACAAACAAAAGUCCCUGGUGCGUCUCUCCAAAAGAAGCAAAACCACCAGCAGUGUGGUGAAUUCGGAGCUGUCUGUGAUGUCGCAGAAUCUGUCUGCUGUAAUCUUGCCCAUGCUGAGAAUUGUUCUUCUUCUUAUCCCAGGAGAGGAAUCUGAGCCCGAUUUUCCAGUGCACCAAGCUGGCUGA